AUGCUGCCACCCAACUGCUCGGUGGCGCACAGCUACGCGGCGGAGGUGACCACGGCCUUACUGCUGCUGCUGGAGUGUGGCCUGGGCACGCUGGGCAACGCCGUGGCGCUCUGGACCUCCUUCCGUCUGAAGGUGUGGAAGCCCUACGCUGUCUACUUGCUCAACCUGGUCCUAGCAGACCUCCUGCUGGCUGCCUGCCUGCCCUUUCACGCCGCCUUCUACCUGCGGCACAAGACCUGGGGCCUGGGGCGUGCGUCUUGCCAAGGGAUGCUCUUCCUGCGGUCCCUGUGCCGCGGGGCGGGUGUCGCCUUCCUCACCGCCAUGGCCCUGGACCGCUACCUCCGGGUGGUCCACUCGCGGCUCAAGGUCAACCUUCUGUCCCUGCGGGCGGCCUGGGGCAUCUCGGUCCUGGUCUGGCUCAUGACGGCAGCCCUCACCCACCAAAGCGUGUUCCUCUCUGAGGCCGAGUGCCCCAGUUCUGAGCCCAGGACGGAGUCCUCCUUCAGGCUCAUCUGGCAGGAAGCCCUCUCCUUCCUCCAGUUUAUCCUUGCCUUCGGCCUCAUCCUGUUCUGCAGCGCCGGCCUCAUCAGGACUCUCCGGAAGCGGCUCCGAGACCCACACAAGCAGCCCAAGCUGCAGAGGGCCCAGGCGCUGGUGGCCAUGGUUGGGGUGCUGUUCACGCUGUGCUUUCUGCCCAGCUUCCUGGUCCACAUCCUACUGGCCACCUUCCGAGGGGCGCUCAGCUGCGGGGUCCUGAGCUCCAUGGUCCACGCCGCCGACGUGACCGGCAGCCUCACCUACCUGCAGGGCGCGCUGAACCCCGUGGUGUGCUUCUCGAACCCCACCUUCAGACGCCCCUACCGCGAGCUCCUCACCCUCAGGGCCCGAAAGCAGGAAGCAGAGGCUCCGGGCUGUGAGCUCAGAGAUUCUUACUCCUGA